AUGUUGUUCCAGUCAAGUCACCAUGCUCACUCUGACUAUCCAAUCUCUGACCAAUAUGACGGACCAUUGGAUUCCACUCAUCGUGCUGAAAAUCUCCAAGAUGUCCCACUUUCUCAUGAAGUCGCAUCUUAUCCAUCCGAGUUCAGCUACGAGAAGCUUCCAGAACAUGUUGUUCCAGUCGUGAUUGAGGAAUCAGAGAAGAAGGACGAACAAUCAUUGAAGUCCAAGAUCACCGGAUUGUUCAAGAAAUCACCAUCUCAUCUUGACUAUCCAAUCUCUGACCAAUAUGACGGACCACUGGAUUCCACUCAUCGUGCUGAAAAUCUCCAAGAUGUCCCACUUUCUCAUGAAGUCGCAUCUUAUCCAUCCGAGUUCAGCUACGAGAAGCUUCCAGAACAUGUUGUUCCAGUCGUGAUUGAGGAAUCAGAGAAGAAGGACGAACAAUCAUUGAAGUCCAAGAUCACCGGAUUGUUCAAGAACUACGAGAAGCUUCCAGAACAUGUUGUUCCAGUCGUGAUUGAGGAAUCAGAGAAGAAGGACGAACAAUCAUUGAAGUCCAAGAUCACCGGAUUGUUCAAGAAAUCACCAUCUCAUCUUGACUAUCCAAUCUCUGACCAAUAUGACGGACCACUGGAUUCCACUCAUCGUGCUGAAAAUCUCCAAGAUGUCCCACUUUCUCAUGAAGUCGCAUCUUAUCCAUCCGAGUUCAGCUACGAGAAGCUUCCAGAACAUGUUGUUCCAGUCGUGAUUGAAGAACCAGAGAAGAAGGACGAACAAUCAUUGAAGUCCAAGAUCACCGGAUUGUUCAAGAAAAGUCAACUGCUCACUCCGAUCUAUCCAAUCUCUGACCAAUAUGACGGACCAUUGGAUUCCACUCAUCGUGCUGAAAAUGUCCAAGAUGUCCCACUUUCUCAUGAAGUCGCAUCUUAUCCAUCCGAGUUCAGCUACGAGAAGCUUCCAGAACAUGUUGUUCCAGUCGUGAUUGAGGAAUCAGAGAAGAAGGACGAACAAUCAUUGAAGUCCAAGAUCACCGGAUUGUUCAAGAAAUCACCAUCUCAUCUUGACUAUCCAAUCUCUGACCAAUAUGACGGACCACUGGAUUCCACUCAUCGUGCUGAAAAUCUCCAAGAUGUCCCACUUUCUCAUGAAGUCGCAUCUUAUCCAUCCGAGUUCAGCUACGAGAAGCUUCCAGAACAUGUUGUUCCAGUCGUGAUUGAAGAACCAGAGAAGAAGGACGAACAAUCAUUGAAAUCCAAGAUCACCGGAUUGUUCAAGAAGUCAACUGCUCACUCCGAUUAUCCAAUCUCUGACCAAUAUGACGGACCAUUGGAUUCCACUCAUCGUGCUGAAAAUCUCCAAGAUGUCCCACUUUCUCAUGAAGUCGCAUCUUAUCCAUCCGAGUUCAGCUACGAGAAGCUUCCAGAACAUGUUGUUCCAGUCGUGAUUGAGGAAUCAGAGAAGAAGGACGAACAAUCAUUGAAGUCCAAGAUCACCGGAUUGUUCAAGAAGUCAACUGCUCACUCUGAUUAUCCAAUCUCUGACCAAUAUGACGGACCAUUGGAUUCCACUCAUCGUGCUGAAAAUCUCCAAGAUGUCCCACUUUCUCAUGAAGUCGCAUCUUAUCCAUCCGAGUUCAGCUACGAGAAGCUUCCAGAACAUGUUGUUCCAGUCGUGAUUGAGGAAUCAGAGAAGAAGGACGAACAAUCAUUGAAGUCCAAGAUCACCGGAUUGUUCAAGAAAUCACCAUCUCAUCUUGACUAUCCAAUCUCUGACCAAUAUGACGGACCAUUGGAUUCCACUCAUCGUGCUGAAAAUCUCCAAGAUGUCCCACUUUCUCAUGAAGUCGCAUCUUAUCCAUCCGAGUUCAGCUACGAGAAGCUUCCAGAACAUGUUGUUCCAGUCGUGAUUGAGGAAUCAGAGAAGAAGGACGAACAAUCAUUGAAGUCCAAGAUCACCGGAUUGUUCAAGAAGUCAACUGCUCACUCUGAUUAUCCAAUCUCUGACCAAUAUGACGGACCAUUGGAUUCCACUCAUCGUGCUGAAAAUCUCCAAGAUGUCCCACUUUCUCAUGAAGUCGCAUCUUAUCCAUCCGAGUUCAGCUACGAGAAGCUUCCAGAACAUGUUGUUCCAGUCGUGAUUGAGGAAUCAGAGAAGAAGGACGAACAAUCAUUGAAGUCCAAGAUCACCGGAUUGUUCAAGAAAUCACCAUCUCAUCUUGACUAUCCAAUCUCUGACCAAUAUGACGGACCACUGGAUUCCACUCAUCGUGCUGAAAAUCUCCAAGAUGUCCCACUUUCUCAUGAAGUCGCAUCUUAUCCAUCCGAGUUCAGCUACGAGAAGCUUCCAGAACAUGUUGUUCCAGUCGUGAUUGAGGAAUCAGAGAAGAAGGACGAACAAUCAUUGAAAUCCAAGAUCACCGGAUUGUUCAAGAAGUCAACUGCUCACUCCGAUUAUCCAAUCUCUGACCAAUAUGACGGACCAUUGGAUUCCACUCAUCGUGCUGAAAAUGUCCAAGAUGUCCCACUUUCUCAUGAAGUCGCAUCUUAUCCAUCCGAGUUCAGCUACGAGAAGCUUCCAGAACAUGUUGUUCCAGUCGUGAUUGAGGAAUCAGAGAAGAAGGACGAACAAUCAUUGAAGUCCAAGAUCACCGGAUUGUUCAAGAAAUCACCAUCUCAUCUUGACUAUCCAAUCUCUGACCAAUAUGACGGACCACUGGAUUCCACUCAUCGUGCUGAAAAUCUCCAAGAUGUCCCACUUUCUCAUGAAGUCGCAUCUUAUCCAUCCGAGUUCAGCUACGAGAAGCUUCCAGAACAUGUUGUUCCAGUCGUGAUUGAGGAAUCAGAGAAGAAGGACGAACAAUCAUUGAAGUCCAAGAUCACCGGAUUGUUCAAGAAAUCACCAUCUCAUCUUGACUAUCCAAUCUCUGACCAAUAUGACGGACCAUUGGAUUCCACUCAUCGUGCUGAAAAUCUCCAAGAUGUCCCACUUUCUCAUGAAGUCGCAUCUUAUCCAUCCGAGUUCAGCUACGAGAAGCUUCCAGAACAUGUUGUUCCAGUCGUGAUUGAGGAAUCAGAGAAGAAGGACGAACAAUCAUUGAAGUCCAAGAUCACCGGAUUGUUCAAGAAAUCACCAUCUCAUCUUGACUAUCCAAUCUCUGACCAAUAUGACGGACCAUUGGAUUCCACUCAUCGUGCUGAAAAUCUCCAAGAUGUCCCACUUUCUCAUGAAGUCGCAUCUUAUCCAUCCGAGUUCAGCUACGAGAAGCUUCCAGAACAUGUUGUUCCAGUCGUGAUUGAGGAAUCAGAGAAGAAGGACGAACAAUCAUUGAAAUCCAAGAUCACCGGAUUGUUCAAGAAGUCAACUGCUCACUCCGAUUAUCCAAUCUCUGACCAAUAUGACGGACCAUUGGAUUCCACUCAUCGUGCUGAAAAUCUCCAAGAUGUCCCACUUUCUCAUGAAGUCGCAUCUUAUCCAUCCGAGUUUAGCUACGAGAAGCUUCCAGAACAUGUUGUUCCAGUCGUGAUUGAGGAAUCAGAGAAGAAGGACGAACAAUCAUUGAAGUCCAAGAUCACCGGAUUGUUCAAGAAAUCACCAUCUCAUCUUGACUAUCCAAUCUCUGACCAAUAUGACGGACCACUGGAUUCCACUCAUCGUGCUGAAAAUCUCCAAGAUGUCCCACUUUCUCAUGAAGUCGCAUCUUAUCCAUCCGAGUUCAGCUACGAGAAGCUUCCAGAACAUGUUGUUCCAGUCGUGAUUGAGGAAUCAGAGAAGAAGGACGAACAAUCAUUGAAAUCCAAGAUCACCGGAUUGUUCAAGAAGUCAACUGCUCACUCCGAUUAUCCAAUCUCUGACCAAUAUGACGGACCAUUGGAUUCCACUCAUCGUGCUGAAAAUCUCCAAGAUGUCCCACUUUCUCAUGAAGUCGCAUCUUAUCCAUCCGAGUUUAGCUACGAGAAGCUUCCAGAACAUGUUGUUCCAGUCGUGAUUGAGGAAUCAGAGAAGAAGGACGAACAAUCAUUGAAGUCCAAGAUCACCGGAUUGUUCAAGAAAUCACCAUCUCAUCUUGACUAUCCAAUCUCUGACCAAUAUGACGGACCACUGGAUUCCACUCAUCGUGCUGAAAAUCUCCAAGAUGUCCCACUUUCUCAUGAAGUCGCAUCUUAUCCAUCCGAGUUCAGCUACGAGAAGCUUCCAGAACAUGUUGUUCCAGUCGUGAUUGAGGAAUCAGAGAAGAAGGACGAACAAUCAUUGAAAUCCAAGAUCACCGGAUUGUUCAAGAAGUCAACUGCUCACUCCGAUUAUCCAAUCUCUGACCAAUAUGACGGACCAUUGGAUUCCACUCAUCGUGCUGAAAAUCUCCAAGAUGUCCCACUUUCUCAUGAAGUCGCAUCUUAUCCAUCCGAGUUUAGCUACGAGAAGCUUCCAGAACAUGUUGUUCCAGUCGUGAUUGAGGAAUCAGAGAAGAAGGACGAACAGUCAUUGAAGUCCAAGAUCACCGGAUUGUUCAAGAAAUCACCAUCUCAUCUUGACUAUCCAAUCUCUGACCAAUAUGACGGACCAUUGGAUUCCACUCAUCGUGCUGAAAAUCUCCAAGAUGUCCCACUUUCUCAUGAAGUCGCAUCUUAUCCAUCCGAGUUCAGCUACGAGAAGCUUCCAGAACAUGUUGUUCCAGUCGUGAUUGAGGAAUCAGAGAAGAAGGACGAACAAUCAUUGAAGUCCAAGAUCACCGGAUUGUUCAAGAAAUCACCAUCUCAUCUUGACUAUCCAAUCUCUGACCAAUAUGACGGACCAUUGGAUUCCACUCAUCGUGCUGAAAAUCUCCAAGAUGUCCCACUUUCUCAUGAAGUCGCAUCUUAUCCAUCCGAGUUCAGCUACGAGAAGCUUCCAGAACAUGUUGUUCCAGUCGUGAUUGAGGAAUCAGAGAAGAAGGACGAACAAUCAUUGAAGUCCAAGAUCACCGGAUUGUUCAAGAAGUCAACUGCUCACUCCGAUUAUCCAAUCUCUGACCAAUAUGACGGACCAUUGGAUUCCACUCAUCGUGCUGAAAAUCUCCAAGAUGUCCCACUUUCUCAUGAAGUCGCAUCUUAUCCAUCCGAGUUCAGCUACGAGAAGCUUCCAGAACAUGUUGUUCCAGUCGUGAUUGAGGAAUCAGAGAAGAAGGACGAACAAUCAUUGAAGUCCAAGAUCACCGGAUUGUUCAAGAAAUCACCAUCUCAUCUUGACUAUCCAAUCUCUGACCAAUAUGACGGACCAUUGGAUUCCACUCAUCGUGCUGAAAAUCUCCAAGAUGUCCCACUUUCUCAUGAAGUCGCAUUUUAUCCAUCCGAGUUCAGCUACGAGAAGCUUCCAGAACAUGUUGUUCCAGUUGUGAUUGAAAAACCAGAGAAGGAAGAAAAGCCAGCAUUGCCUAAUACUGAUAUAUUCUCCGCCAGUCACGACACCAUAUCUCAUGAAAAAUAUGUGGCAGUGCCUCGAGCUGACGUUGUCGGGGAGUCAGCUUCCGGAGUAUCACUACUCAAGUUCAAAGAUACAGGACUUUUUGGACCUUCGGAUCAAUCGCACGUCUACAAAGCUGAGCCGGCUGUCUCCACAAUACAAGAUUCUCGUCCAAGCCGUAAUAUCUACACACGCACGGAAACGGACAUGUUCGACCCGCAACAUUCUACAUCUGCAGUUUUUAGUCAUACUGAAAUCAAUUAUCAGAACACCGACAAUGAUGACCUUACACAAGUUGACAUUCAAACAAAAGAUCGUCUACAACAUUCUUCUUUCGUAGAUGAUAACUCGCAGUAUGCCGAUGAACCACAUAAGCGAACUGGCUACAUGUGGUCCAAAUAUGAAACCGAACGCUCAAGAUUAUCGAGAAGAAAUGCUGCUCCUCAGCAGGAUUCUGUUCCAAUCUUGGAUCCAGUUUCUCUCUCGAAGCAUCAUCUUUAUUCGUAUUCGCAAACUGAAACUUCACAAAGAACCCCAAUUUCAAAGUCCUCUCCACCAGGGGCUUCUAUUGACAAGCAACCAGAGUUUGAUGUUUCAUUCAAAGUUAUUCCACAAGAACCAAAAGAAGAUAUUGGUUUCUCUGUAUCUAUAAGUGCUCGUAGUCCUCUCCCACCGCUUACGAUUGAUGAAUCUCCUCAACUCUUGUCAGUUGAGAAUUUGAUUCAUUCGCACACAUCUCCAAAUCAACGACGACUUUCUCCACACACAUGGACAACUGUUCGUGAGACAACUGAAGUCAGCUAUAUCAAGAGAGUUACUGUGACUAGUUCAACUGAUUACGGAAGAGAUCAAACAACUUUGAGACGAAACAGAUCACCAAUUCAGUCGGUUGCUCGACAAGUUCAUUCAUUCCCAAGUACUUCUCAACAAGCAGCAAGUACUACAUGUAGAUGGACCACUUUCGAUGAUCCUGCACUUCAAGUUCAUCAUCCAAUCUACCCACCUUCACAAAGUCUUUACAAAUCAACACCCAAAACUGAAAGAGCUUCUUAUCUUACUAACGGAGAAAGCUCAACUCAACGAAACGGAGGCUCCAAUUGCCAUAAUGGCAAUGGAGCAACAAGAAGUUAUGGAGAAGUUCGUGAGAUUCAUGCUCAUGAUCGUACCGAAAUUUUACGAGAAGACGAAGUACGACGGCUUCGUCGAGAAGACGUUUUCACUGUCGGCACCCCGUUUGUCAUGGGGCGGGUUGAAGCUGACGAAAGAGGAAACGAAUAUCUCAGAUACAAUCGUCAUGAUGAAUUACCAAUGAUUGAAGACGGCGCCAUGGAAUGCCGCCGAUCGACCGUUCGCGCCAGACUCAGGGAAAUGGACGAAGUUCGAUUGGUUGGCGAAAGGGAGGAAAUUGAGCGUCAAAGACGACCGAUUCGCCGAGCAAGACAACGCGUUCGAAACAUUUGCACCAUGCUUUAA